AUGUCUAAAUCAUCUGCGUCGUCGACAGUGGCAAACGGUCUAUCAGAGAGAACACUUAAGGUCGAUGACGAGCGGAUGGAUGACAAAUACUACUCGACGAGCUCGACAUCCAAGGGGCGGACACUGGGACUAAACCCUACUUCUGUAUUGCAGGAACUUGAAGCUGGCCUCGUUCUUCGCUUAAGGGAGAUUGGAAAUAAAUAUACGUUCCCGCUUAUCACCUUGUUCAUAUGUCUCGUUCAUCAUCUACUCUUCAGUGGACAUCACCCUUUCAUCCUCCAUCUCAAAACAUCCGCACCAACAGCCGCUGCCCAGGAACCCACCUCAAUGUGGCUUCUCACAGUCAGCUCGGUCGCACUCCUUGAAUAUACGCCAAACGAAAAAUGA